AGACACAGUCCAGACACUAUUGGGCUUUGAAUUUGAGGCGGAAAUGGCAGCAAUGAGAGCCACGACGAGCGUACUUUCACGGGGAAUAUUCCGGCCACAGAUAUCUUUACUUACAGCACGUUUUGCCCACGCGCCGCUGCGACCGAGAACCAUUGGUUCGAGCUCUCUCCUCGUCUUGCGCACCAUCUACUACUCUCCCGUCCUGUGCAAGGCACACGACGGAAGCGAUGACGACGGGAAGAAGUCGCCGGCUAGGAUGGCUCAGGUUCAGCAGCUCAUAUAUGAAGCCACGGAGCGGGCUCAAUCCGCCGGGAAUGAACCUAUCCCUAAAAUCACAAUCGAUCAUGUUACUGUCAACUUUGCUAGAAGUAGCGGCCCGGGAGGUCAAAACGUCAACAAAGUUAAUACCAAGGUGGAUAUGCGGUUCAAUGUUCAAAAUGCACAUUGGUUAAGUGAAAGGGUUAGGGAGAGGAUUAUCCAAACGGAAAAGAAUCGGAUCAAUAAAGAUGGAGAGCUUGUGAUUUCUUCUACCAAGACCCGAACACAAAAGGGUAACAUUGAAGAUGCUUUGAGUAAAUUACAGGCCAUCAUCGAUGCUGCUUCGUAUGUCCCACCACCUCCAUCAGAAGAGCAAGUGAAAAGAAUUGCAAAGUUAGCUGCAGCUGGGGAGCGUAAACGCCUUGACAGCAAGAAGGCUCUUUCCCAGAAGAAGGCUAUGAGAAGAAGCCGGGAUAGUUGGGAUUGAUUGAUUUUACAGGUUUAUGAAUUAGGCGCAAAAUCGUUCUUCCCAAACACAGGUAUUUCUGGCAACCAUAACUUGUCUCUAAAGGGGAAGUAGAAGUCACCAUUUUCCCACCACAUGGAUAGUUAUAGAUACAUAUAUAUAUAUAUAGCCCUAAUUUAGAAACACUUGUAAUAGUUGUGAAUUGCAAAGCCCACAGUUUAACUGUCAGUAGCAACUUGUGUUCCACCAAAUUAGUCGAACAGUUGGCCUGGUAAUCACGAAGUUUUAAAUUCGACUCUCCAUAAGAGCUGUCUAUUGACUUUUUUGGUGUGA